GACAGCACGGAGCGGGGCCCAAAGGCUCGUUGAAAUCUAGUGAAAGUCCGCUUAAAACUGCACACAAAAAUCUUGAAAAAUCAGUUAACAAGCUUGAAUAUUUUGUAGAAUUUUUUAAGCACGAAAUUGAGUUGGUGAAAAUUAAAUAAACUUUUUAAAUAAGCUAAGGCGGCCGGAGCAAAAACAUAAUCAGCUGCCUGGGCGCAGCGGCUUCAGCUGCUCAAGCAGUGCGCCGAAUCGGGAAUCAGUUAGCAGCAGCGAGACUUGGAGACUUGUAAACACUUUUAGGCCAUGUGCUAAAAGCCAGUUACUCGCUCUGCCCCACGAACUGCGUCAGAGAUUGAGCACCAAGGGGCAGCCAAGCACCCAAGGCGGGCAGAAAGGUAAACAAAAACCUGUGCGCGUGUUUUGUGCAUCAAUAAAACACCGGCACACCGCCCACGCCGCACAACGUCAAGGUCCUUUUUCCUUUCCGCCGUGACGUCACCAUGGCUCCUGGCUGCUGCACCACGCGACCCCGCCCCAUCGCCCUGCUCGCCCACAUCUGGCGCCACUGCAAGCCGCUCUGCCUGCUCCUGGUGCUACUGCUCCUCUGCGAAACCGUUCAGGCGAAUCCCGAUGCCAAGCGACUCUAUGACGAUCUGCUGAGCAACUACAAUCGCCUCAUCCGCCCCGUGAGCAAUAACACGGACACGGUGUUGGUCAAGUUGGGCCUACGGCUGUCCCAACUCAUCGAUUUGAAUCUCAAAGAUCAAAUUCUAACGACCAACGUGUGGCUGGAGCACGAGUGGCAGGAUCAUAAAUUCAAGUGGGAUCCCUCGGAGUACGGCGGCGUCACAGAGCUUUAUGUGCCCUCCGAGCACAUCUGGCUGCCCGACAUCGUGCUCUACAACAAUGCCGAUGGCGAGUACGUGGUCACCACCAUGACGAAGGCCAUCCUCCACUACACCGGCAAAGUGGUGUGGACUCCGCCGGCCAUCUUCAAGUCCAGCUGCGAGAUUGAUGUGCGCUACUUUCCCUUCGAUCAGCAGACCUGCUUCAUGAAGUUCGGCUCGUGGACCUACGACGGUGAUCAGAUCGAUUUGAAGCACAUCAGCCAGAAGAACGACAAGGACAACAAGGUGGAGAUAGGCAUCGACCUGCGUGAGUACUAUCCCAGUGUGGAGUGGGACAUACUCGGCGUUCCGGCUGAGCGGCACGAGAAGUACUAUCCCUGCUGUGCCGAACCGUACCCGGAUAUCUUCUUCAACAUCACCCUGAGGCGAAAGACUCUCUUCUACACGGUUAACCUGAUUAUUCCAUGUGUGGGCAUCUCGUAUCUUUCGGUCCUGGUCUUUUACCUGCCUGCCGAUUCUGGCGAGAAGAUUGCCCUGUGCAUCAGCAUCCUCCUGUCGCAAACCAUGUUCUUCUUGCUCAUAUCCGAGAUUAUACCAUCGACUUCACUGGCAUUGCCGCUACUGGGAAAAUAUCUACUGUUCACCAUGUUGCUGGUUGGACUGAGUGUUGUCAUCACGAUUAUCAUACUGAACAUACACUACCGGAAGCCGAGUACGCACAAGAUGCGACCCUGGAUUAGGUCCUUCUUCAUCAAGAGAUUGCCGAAACUGCUGCUGAUGCGUGUGCCCAAGGACCUGCUGCGUGACCUGGCGGCCAACAAGAUCAACUACGGCCUCAAGUUCAGCAAGACCAAGUUCGGACAGGCGCUGAUGGACGAGAUGCAAAUGAACUCCGGCGGCUCCAGUCCAGACUCCCUGCGGCGGAUGCAAGGUCGUGUGGGUGCUGGUGGGUGCAAUGGCAUGCACGUGACCACGGCCACAAACAGAUUCAGCGGCUUGGUGGGGGCUUUGGGCGGCGGACUGAGCACCCUGAGCGGCUACAACGGACUGCCAUCGGUGCUAUCCGGAUUGGACGACUCUUUGAGCGAUGUGGCCGCACGCAAAAAGUAUCCUUUCGAGCUGGAAAAGGCCAUCCACAACGUCAUGUUCAUACAGCACCACAUGCAGCGGCAGGACGAGUUCAAUGCGGAAGAUCAGGACUGGGGCUUUGUGGCCAUGGUCAUGGAUCGCCUGUUCCUCUGGCUCUUCAUGAUCGCAUCCUUGGUGGGCACCUUUGUGAUCCUUGGCGAGGCUCCGUCGCUAUAUGACGAUACCAAGGCCAUUGAUGUUCAGCUAUCCGAUGUUGCCAAGCAAAUCUACAAUCUAACCGAGAAGAAGAAUUAAAUUCAUGAGAACGUAGGCUUAAGACAAUUUUCCCUAGUUUAAUGCAGUGUUUUAGCAAAUUGAUGCGAAUGAAAAUUAAAAUACGCUAUAAUAAAAACGUUGGCCCCAAAAGCAGCCAAGCAAAAUGCUGAAAUGCAAAGCGCUCGUUUCACUCUGCAUGCCAAAAAGGUUAAAGCAAAAAUUAUUACAAGAAAAAUGCUAGCAAAAAUACUCGUACGUAAGAGGAUGCCAACGGCUUUGGCCACGACUACACACACACACACACAGCACGCCCCCUUUUUGCCGCCCACUUUCCCCGGUGGCUGUCAAAAACUAUUUGCCAAGCAUGUGUAUCCAACAGCCAGCUGCUGCAUCCUGCUCCUCCACCGCCUGCUGCUCCCCGGUUUCCAUGGAUUCAAGUACGAGAGCAUGCCUUGGUCUUUUAUUUGAUAACUGGAAAAUUAACCUUUUGAAAAUGCGGCAAAUGCACAGGCAACGGAUGCCAACUCAUGGGAAAGAUGACGUCGGUGCAGCCGGCACAGAGCUGCUGGGAAUAUAAGUUGAUAAUGAAGGGUAUGUGCAUGUAAUCCACUAUAAUCGUCGGGCUAUCAAAAUAAGAACAGCCGAAGAUGACGCUUUUCCGAGAAAAUUCCCCGAAUUUUUCAGCACUUCUACUUAAGAGCCAUAUUCACGGCAGACUGGUGGGGAAAUACUUUAAAGUGACUCGGGUAUAGGGUACUUGUUUUUACUGAGGUAUAUUGAAAAGACCUCUAGGCGGAUUGGCAUAUAAAACUGUUAAGAACCAGCCAACCAUGCAUGGCAUUCCCAACAAAUUACUAAAAUUAAUAUUGAAGCCACAGAUGAGACCCUUUUCGUAUGAAAAGAGAUUUAUUACUAGCAGCAUCAUGAAGCCGCAUCAAAGCAAAGGAGUAAACGAGCCCCCAGGAUCUGGGCAAAAAAUACCAGAUCCAGCCAGAAACCAUUUCUCAGCUUUCCACAUCUUUCAGUAUCUCAGUUGUGGAGGAGCUAGAGGCAUCCAUUCUGGUUGACUGACUGGCUCGCUGGCUUAAAGUAUGCGGCAAUCAAAAAAUGUCUGCAAAACUAUUUGCAGCAACUGCAAAACUAUUUCUAUACAAAUGUCACAAUUUCUUGGUCGUCGUCGUGCAUGCUGGAUUUCCCUUGCAUUUGCGCUAGCUGGCUGCCUGUUUGUGAAUGUCAUUCAAAUUGAUGGGCAACAGAGUGGCAGGCCAGCCGCAGUGCCACGCCCCCCUUUCUUACCCAGCCGGGGGCUGUCAAUGUCAGUUUGCGCAAAGCAAUUGCAAUUUCUUACUGACUGAAAUGCAACAAAAGGAGCGGCGAGCAGCAUGACGAGCGUGAGUAACGCUGACUCAGCUCAACAAGUAGUGCUCUCUAGACUCCAGGGAUCCCUGCUCCUUGCUCCGUGUGCCGCAGGAGCUUCGCAGGAUUUGGGUGCGCAUAUAUUUUGCAUACAUUCCCCACUAUCGGGAAUAACUUUACGCACACACACCCAUUCACUCACUCACUCAUUCAUUCAUUUUGCUUGGCUUCGGUUCCGCUCCACUGUCAUGUUGACAAGUUCAAUAUGCUGCGAGCCACCCACUUCUGCACCCACACCACCUCCACACCCACAAACCACCCACUGACUGAGUGACUUUGCCAGCUUGUCGCUUUUCGCAUUUCGAGAGUGCGUGUGCAUCAUUUUCGCUACUUCCCGUCUACUUUUCACAGUUCAGCGAGCUGCUCUCCCUUAUAUCCCCACUGGCCCCCUUUUUUGUUUUGUUUCACGGCUCCAAUUUAAAUUCAUAUUAUUUGUGCUCCACAUGUAAAAAAUUCGAGAAAUGGAAGUGGAAAGUGGCAGCUGCAGCGAUGAACAAAAAGAAAGUCGGACUUAUGAGGCAGCUGGAUGCUCUGCAACUAUCAUCUGUCUGAGACCAAACAAUCAUAAAGAAUUUCUUAGAUUUAUUAUACGUUGUUAAUAACUUUCAUUCUCAAUGAUACUAAAGACUACCCAGCAUUGAAUUGCAUUGCGUCCGAAGAACUUUUAAUUUUCAUUCUUCAUCGAAAUUUGUUGGCACAAAUUGGGUUUUUUCAUAACUUUACCAAAAAUUGAUUGCCAUGUCAAAGCCAAUCCAAUCCAUUCAGUGUACCCUGCGAUUGGUGCAAAAUAUUUCCCAAUGCUGCACAAUUUUUGUAUACAUUCGUAUAUUUUAAGAAUUUAUUUUUAUUCCC